GAUGGAGUGCGAAAGAUGGGUGCUAGAUCACCAGCGAACACGAGAACCCGCCGCGGUGCCUUCAAAUGCGAGUUUUGUGGUCGAAAUUUGAUAAGUGCGGAAGGCCUAAAGUCUCACCAACGCACCUUGCAUUCAAUUGCGUUAAAAGAUAAAGAAAAAAGGGUAUCGAAGGUCGAUCUUCGAUCUCAGACUGUAGCCAGUAAAGUGCAGAAGCCUAAGAAAGGCAUCAUUCUUAAAAAAAUCAGAAAGGUUACGCCUAAAAUUGGUGUAAAAAAUAUGCCUCUUGAAAAGGACAAAAAAGAAAAAACUAUUACUCUCGAAGAAGUUUCUCGGACUGAACAGAAAGCCGCGAAGAAGGUGAAGGGUUGUAAGUCGGCGAAUGAGCGAAAAAUUGAGUUCAAAUGCCCGAAAUGUCAUACAUUGUUCCCCGUUUUCUUCUCAGCACAGAGGCAUAUACAAAAGUACCAUUGCGUCAAUGAAAAGGGUGAGAAAGUGAAUCCAAACUCACCUGAUCUGAUAAAGCCAUUGUCAGUGGAGCUAUGUGUAAGGUGCAACCUUAAAUUCACGGACUCUCAUGAUUGUCCAAUCACCCGUACGCUGGUUACAAUGUUCUCCUACGAAUGCAUGAGCUGUCAACAGAAGUUUACCAACAUGAAGAUGUACCAUGUUCAUGUUACGGGGAUGCAUGCUGACGGGGUUGAGAACAUGUUCUUUCGGACUAAUGAAGAAUUCAACAAAUGGAGGGAAGAAAUGGAAAAUCAAACUGAAUGCAAGUACCUGGUGAUGGCUAAAUACAGUACAAAACACAUCUACUGUUGUUCCUAUACGCCCGAUACUAAAGGGGACACCACACACCUUUGCCCCUCAACCGUAACAUAUCAAGAGUUUUCCAAAGGCAUACAAGUUCAUUAUUACCCAAACCACAGUGGUCACGAAUGCAAGCCGUAUAUCUUAUCCAAUAAAUACAAGUCUUAUACCAUCACAGAUUUAUUAGAGCAAGCAUCAAUCAGUGAAAUAUCAGAGGACGGUGACUUGUACCUCCAAUUCAAAACUUUAAUGGACAAUAUUGUUCUAGACGCUGCUAAAAUAAACAUAGACACUUUAAAGGUACUAAUUAAUAAAGCUAUCGACAUGACGUCAAUUUUGACGCAUUACGAUGAAGAUGAUGAAGUAAUCACUACUACAAAUCGAUCAUUUCUUUUGUUGGACAUGAAAAAGAAAGCUGAUGGGAAUGGUAAAAAGAUAGCUAAAGCCAUUGAAAACCUUGGCUCGAAAGGACUAAAACGUAACACAGACAGCAAUGAGGUAUCUCCUAUAUUACAGAAGCAAUUACGUAGAAGUACAUUCUCUUUGGCUGAUGAGAAAGAUUCAGACAAUAUUUUAAAAGCGCUUGAUGAUCAAAAUGUUAAGCUUAAUAAGAUUACAAAAAUGCAGUCUCCGUCUUCCUUCAACGAUUCAUAUAAAGAAUUUAUCGAUAAAAGCUUGCAUGAACAAAGUGAUAAACGUAAUAACAUCAGAAAUAAAAAGAAAGUUGUGAAAACCAAGAUGGGUCAAUUUAAACCCAGUAUUUCCCCAAAAAAGGUGGAAAAACGAAACAGUACAGGAAAAAUGAAAGACGUUGAGUACGAGGUUAGAGAGCGCGACGACGACUGCAACAUUCUUGUUUUAAAAAUAUAAUUAGUUUUUACAAGGUCGCCACAUGUAAUGCGUAUUUUUAUUUUACUUUUUAAUUAGUGUAAUAAAGUGUCCUUGAAUCCAAAGUCAUGAAAUAAAUUUAAAAAAUAAUGUCAAUCAAGAACUGA